AUGACCGCGUCUCUCCAGCUGGACGUCGGGCUGCUGCUGCUGCUGACCUGCUGGCAGACACCAGGGAUGGUCGGAGCCACGGUGCCAGCAGCCCCGGUGAACGUGUCGGUGACUCAGCUGAGGGCGCACUCGGCCAUGGUGACCUGGAACGUCCCUCAGGGAGACACCGUGAUCGGGUACUCCAUCUCACAGCAGAGGCAGGACGGACUGAUGCAGCGCUCCAUCCGGGAGGUGAACACCUCCAGCCGCUGGUGUGUGCUGUGGGACCUGGACGAGGACACACACUACAGCGUCCAGGUGCAGUCUGUUGGGCCGCAUGGUGACAGUCAGCCCAGCCGUGCCGUCCACUUCAGGACUCUGGAGAGGAGUGACCACUAUCCGGUCGGAGUCCUGGACCACCAUGAGCCGGCGAUGGAAGGUCUUGGCAUGACGCCUCACCUACAGACGGGAGAGCUGCUCAUCAUCACCACUGUGCUGCUGCUGUGGGCAGCCGUCAUCGCCCUCUUCUGCCGACAGUAUGACAUCAUCAAAGACAACGACUCCAACAGCUGCAAAGAGAAGGCCAAGAGGCCGCCGGUUCGAGCCCCUCCUCCCUACUACGCUGCCUCGAACGGCAGCUCGCCCAUCUACCACAACGGAGCCGUACGCAGCAGCAGGCUCCACAGAGCCUCCUCCUCCAUCAGCAUCAUUAGAGUCUGA